AAAUCAGGCGACAGGAAUUAAGCACAGGACUGUUUUGUUUUGUUUCUUUUUGAGAGGAAGCAGGUUUUUUGGUUUUUUUUCAAUCUUGAUCCUCCACAUCUCCACGUCUCCCCCGGGGACGCGCUGCAGUCCUGCCCGCCGUGCAUGCGGCAUGAAGCGGCCAUGUGAGGACAGCAGCUCCGCUGAGAGCGACAUGGAGGAGAGCAUCGAUGUGGGCAGAGAGAGCAUCUAUUUAGGGCACAUGAAGGCGUCCUUCAUCACCUGCGGCUCUCCGACCACGACCACACAAGUGAUGGCGAGGAAGAAGCGCAGAGGGAUUAUCGAGAAGAGGCGCCGGGAUAGAAUCAACAACAGUCUGCUGGAGCUGAGGAGGCUGGUACCGACAGCCUUCGAGAAGCAGGGUUCCGCAAAACUGGAGAAGGCAGAAAUCCUCCAGAUGACCGUGGACCAUCUGAAGAUGCUUCAGGCUACUGGUGGAAAAGGGUACUUGGACGCUCACGCUCUGGCGCUGGACUUCCUGUCUCUGGGCUUCAGGGAGAGUCUGAUGGAGGUUUCCCGCUACCUGAGCGCCGUGGAGGGGAUGGACUCCGGGGAGCUGCUGCGCGCCCGCCUCCUCUCUCACCUGGCCUCCUGCGCCUCCCAGCGCGACGCCGCCGCCCUCACGGCGGCCUCCCCAGAUGCCGCAUCCCACCACGUGCUCCUGCACCACCAGCAGCAGCAGCAGCAGCAGCAGCAGUCUCUACCUCACCCCUUCCACCCUCAUCACUGGGCGGCCACCGUGGCCGCGCUGCGCCCUCUUUCCUACGGACCGCUCCUAGAGGCCGGAGGAGGAAGUGGAGCCCCCCAGCUCAUGGUUGCCUCUUCCUCCUUUUCCUCCCCUGCAGACUCGGCCUCGUCCUCCCCUUCCUCCUCCUCCUCCUCCUCUUCAUCUCUCGUGCUGCCCUGCACCCCACCCCCUCUCUCUGCCUCCCUGCUCUCCCUCUCGGCGUCGUUCCCUCUCGCCUUUCCCAUCCUCCAUCCCUCCGCCUCCGCCUUCACCUCCUCCCGCUGCCACCAGCAGUUCCGCCGUCUCCUCCACCACGUCCUCCUCCUCCUCCUCCUCGUCUCCUCGCAGACUCCUCACUGCAGCAGCAGACCCUACAGGCCGUGGGGAACGGAGGUCGGAGCUUUCUGACCGCGGCGUUUCUCACUAACCUACUGACAACCUGGAAAGAACACGUUUCUUUAACGCUUCGCCCAAACAAGGACUGGGAUGACGGUGUUACUCUCGUGAGAACUCUGUUUUGAGGUUCAUGGGGAAUUUUGAUGCAGAUAGAAAUUUUCAACCCUCUUUGCUCAAAAUUGUAACAAAAACAUUGUUCGCCACCUCAGCUAGCUGACGCUAACAGUUAGCUAACACGUUUUCUUAAGCUAACUACAUUUGCAGGUGGAAAUUUUAAAUGAAAUGACACAACAGAGCUAUUUUACACAAAAAUACCUUUUUUAUAUGCCACAGUUAUCAUUGCGCUAGUGCAGGUUAACCACUAGUUAGCGUUAAGUUAACAUUAGCUAGCUGGUGUGUGGGCGAGUGUAAGUAAAUGCUUAGCUAGCAAACUUUUGGGAAGAUUUUAACACUGAAAUGCCAACGUCCUCUGACAGAGAAUAGUUCAUCACCUGUCAGUCAUGUCAAAUAAUAUCAACUGAAAAGUUACAAGUACUUUAUCUACAUUUUAAUUUGUGAUAAUCCAGGGAACAAGUUUAAAAAAAUACCCCAAAACAUCCGAUUUAAAUAAAUAUUCUGACAUAUUGAGAUUCUUUGCUUUUAAUUUUCAUGAUUUCUGAGAUAAAUUGUUUAAAAUAAAGAAAAACAAGGUUAAGACUAUGGAUGUUUAGCAAAUGAAUUAAGAACAGACCAGAUGUUAGCUGCUGAGGUGGAAAUGAACUAAAUAUCAUGUUAAAUGUUACUUUUUUUAAUGUGUUUUGCAUGUGACUUGUCACCAAAAUGAUCUGUGAUGUUGUGUGUGCCUUCUUCUAAAUAAAACAGACUAAAUAGUGUGGCUGCUGUUACAAAGAAAGAGUUUGUAGAGCUUUUCUCUGUUGU